AUGAAGGAUGUGCCAGGCUUCCUCCAGCAGAGCCAGAGCUCGGGGCCCGGCGAGGCCGCCGUGUGGCACCGCCUGGAGGAGCUGUACACGAAGAAGUUGUGGCAUCAGCUGACACUGCAGGUGCUGGACUUUGUGCAGGAUCCGUGCUUUGCCCAAGGAGAUGGUCUUAUUAAGCUUUACGAAAACUUCAUCAGUGACUUCGAGCACAGGGUGAACCCCCUGUCCCUGGUGGAGAUCAUCCUCCACGUGGUCAGACAGAUGACGGAUCCUAACGUGGCUCUUACUUUUCUGGAGAAGACGCGUGAGAAGGUGAAGAGCAGCGACGAGGCCGUGAUCCUGUGUAAAACUGCCAUCGGAGCCCUGAAGUUGAACAUCGGGGACCUACAGGUCACAAAGGAAACCAUCGAAGAUGUCGAAGAAAUGCUCAACAACCUGCCGGGCGUGACGUCGGUGCACAGCCGCUUCUACGACCUCUCCAGCAAGUACUACCAGACCAUCGGCAACCACGCCUCCUACUACAAGGACGCGCUGCGCUUCCUGGGCUGCGUCGACAUCAAGGACCUGCCAGUGCCGGAGCAGCAGGAGAGAGCCUUCACACUGGGCCUGGCGGGACUUCUCGGCGAGGGAGUGUUUAACUUCGGAGAACUGCUCAUGCACCCUGUGCUGGAGUCGCUGAGGGGCACUGACCGGCAGUGGCUGAUCGACACGCUGUAUGCCUUCAACAGCGGCAACGUGGAGCAGUUCCAGACGCUGAAGGCUGCCUGGGGCCAGCAGCCUGAUCUCGCCGCCAACGAGGCUCAGCUUCUGAGGAAAAUCCAGCUGCUCUGCCUCAUGGAGAUGACUUUCACACGACCUGCCAAUCACAGACAACUCACUUUUGAAGAAAUUGCCAAAAGUUCUAAGAUCAGCGUGAACGAGGUGGAGCUGCUGGUGAUGAAGGCGCUGUCGGCGGGGCUGGUGAAAGGCAGCAUCGACGAGGUGGACGCGCGAGUCCACAUGGCCUGGGUGCAGCCCCGCGUGCUGGAUCUGCAGCAGAUCCAGGGCAUGAAGGAGCGCCUGGAGUCCUGGUGCACGGACGUCAAGAGCAUGGAGAUGCUGGUGGAGCACCAGGCGCACGACGUCCUCACCUAG